AUGUCAGACUCAAAAUUACAAUUCAAAUCUACCCAAGAUCUCGCUAAAAUAAAGGAAUUGUUUACUUUAUGUGGAAGCGAAUGGAGCGGACAUUUGAAAGCAGAAGAAUUUGGUGAGAUUCAAACUCAGAGUCUUGAGGAGUACACUAGGAGUGGCUUAAAAGUAGAAGGAUUCUACAUCGAGGAUACAACCAAUGGAUUGGUUGUUGCUUCAACAAUAAUAAAACAUUUAAAGGGGUUGUACAAACCUGCUGAUAGGUCAAGCUUGAUUUCUUCGACGCCAGAUCCUUCAUUAUUUGGGGUACAAAAUAUUACAUCUUUACUCGUGAGCUUUGUUUUCACCCACCAGGAUUACAGAAGGCAAGGGUUGGCUGAAAAGUGUAUAUCACAUGCUAUUUCCACCACUGAAAAGAAAAUUGUUGAUGACCAUUUGCAGAAAAGUGACGAUUCCGCCAAUGAUAACUUUAGAAAAAUGACGCUUGACAACUUCACUGGCACGGUUGAUCAACAAUUGGCAAACUACUAUCUUGGAAAGGAGUACGUGUGGUUUUUGUUUUCUGGUGUGCAAACUUAUUACAAGCGAUUUGGAUUCAAGAGUUACCCUCUUGACUUUUACGAGAUUCCAGUUCAAGAAUUGUCCGAGGGCCAAGAGGCAGUAUUGAAACAUUUGAUUGCGGACCUGGAACAGCUGACCCAACACCAACCAGAUGCCAAAUCCAAAAUUAUGGGAAAGAGAAUUAAAUUGUUGGACUGGGACAAUGAGGAGGACCAAGAUGUGAUUCAGUUCAUUUUACAAACAAAGGAAUUGGAGAUUCUUUCAGAAUUAAACAAGCUUAGUUACCAUUCUGAGUUACAGGGUGACCGGAAAUCCUCAACCUCGCUCACCAACAUGACCAACAUCUUGUCAAUGACUAAAGUUGGAUCACAUAGCACCUUGUCUGCAAUAGGUGAGAGUUCAACUGGAAAGCCAAGGGGCUCUGAAGAUGCUUCGAGAAGAAAAUCGUCGGCAUUAAAUCAAACUGUGCCAAAGUUUGCCGUCAAGCCUUCCUUUGCUGACUAUAAAAGUAAGGUAGUUGGUGCUUUAGGAUAUGCAAAAUCUGAGCAAAGCAAGAAAUUCACCAAACUUCAAGGUGCCAUUAUUACAAAUGAUUUGCAGAGGAGAUCAUAUUACAUUUUGUGGAACUCGUUGAAAGGUGGGUUUUUCAUCACAGGCAUGGGUGAAAUCAUUUAUGAAAGUGUUAUUCCUUCAGCCAAUUCACAAAGAAGAGGAUCUUCAUUCACAGGCCUCAACGAUUUGGGCGGAUAUAAUUUCCAAGAUUUGGAUAUCUUGGUUUCUGCUGCUCUAUACACGGCUAAGAAUCGCAGUGCUAAAUUUGAGAAUGUGUAUGUUUCAACUCACGACUUGCCCAGUGAUAUACCCGAUGCAGUUAUGCACGAUUUCUUCAUAAACUACCUUCCAUUUUCAUCGUAUUCCCUGGAGGAGUAUAGAGAAAAGAGGAAAGAAGCGAAAGAAACUCGCACAGAAGAACAUAAAGUUGCGCUUCUCACUGAUAAUGGAGCAAAAGUUGGUGUUUUGCCAAUGGUGAAACAAUUUGGUAGUGACAAGAGUGAAUUUGAGAUUGACUGGUUAGACAAUGGAAUGUGGUGUUGGGGUUGA